CUGGUCAGGACGGGACUGAGCGGUGCUGUGAGGAGUCUCCUCGCAGCCAACUCGUUCGUUGCUGACCCGAAGCAAUUCCGAGAGCUCUUUUUUGUGCAAGUUCCCUCGAGGCCAAACCCCAGGAGUUGGUGACCCGGAGGUUUUUCCGACACAUCACCACUCUCUGUGGGAGUGGCCCUCGAGGCCAGGCCACGGGCCUUGGUGACCCGGAGCUUUUCUGGGCAUCACCAGUGCCUGUGGAAGGUGCCUACGAGGCCAGACCACGGGACUUGGUCACCUGCAGUCCCUGUGGAAGGUGCCCUCGAGGCCAGACCACGGGACUUGGUCACCUGUAGUCCCUGUGGAAGGUGCCCUCGAGGCAAUUUUGUAAGAUUUGCCCACCAGGGUAUUUUCUAAGGCGUCUCUCGUGCAAGUUCCCUUGAGACCACACUGUGGGAUGGCGGGGAGACGCUUCAGCCUGUUCAGGCUGCUGAGGAGGAAGAGGAACAGGAGAGGCCCUGGGGCGGCCCCAGCACAGCAAGCUGAGGAGCCCCUGCAGCAGGAUCCAGGUCAGGAGCGGACAGAGGAGCAGGACCGCCCCCGUGGCCGCUUCCGCAGAGCAGUUCAGAGGUUGCUGAAAAUCAUGCGCAUUCGGCGCAGAACACCCAGGACCACAGCACCUGAGCUCAUGGCACAGCCUGACACCAGGCCAGCUGAGCUCAAGGAGAAGCCUGAGGGCAGCACCGAGCCGAUUGAUCGCACGGCAACCUCUGAGACUGCUGUGACCGAGGACAUGGCCAACCCUGACACCGCACUGGCCGAUCUCACUGCGAAGGAUGACACUGAACCCACUCAUUGCACAGCAAAGCCUGACACCGUUUUGGCUGAAGAUACAACCAGCUCUGACACCGCAGCCACUGAUGUCAUGGCCAAGGCUGACAUGGCGCCGAUGGCCAUUGAUGGCACAUCACACUCUGACGUGGCACCGAUGGACGGCACAGCAAAGCCUGACACCGCUUUGGCUGGUGACACAACCGGCUCCAACACUGAUCUCGUGGCACAGGCUGACAUCACACCGACGCCGACUGAGGGCACAGCAAGCUCUGAUGAGGCACCGAUGGAUGACGCAGCAAACCCUGAGACUGCCAUGACCGACGCUGACACCACAAGUGAUCUCAUGGCAGAGGGUGACACCACGAGUGAGGGCAUCGGAAACACUGACACCACGCCAGCUGAGAGUGUGACCGAUGCUACCAAUGUGCAGUUUUUGGAGGGGAAAGGUGUCUCCAGUAGGAAGCUAGUGCCAGCCAUCGUUUGGUCCAUCCACCACGACCUCACGUUCCACGUGUCUCCACACACCAACAUCUGCAGGCUCGCUGAGGCACACCCACGUGAUGUGGUGAUAACUCUCCUGCGCUGUGCCCCAGAGUGUGACAGAGCUGCUGCAAUGAUGUGGAGAAGCAUCGGCUCCUCGGGAACAGCAGUAGAGAAGGUGCUGCCAGUCCUGCUCCACGUGAUGGAGGAUUGGCCAGUGCACGGAAUGUCCACCUCCGAUGGCGACAACAGAGAUGUCUUUGCCAUGACUGUGAGUUUCUAG